AUGGCUUCCAACGGAACUACGCCUGCCAAGAAGGUUCUCGUCGUGUUUGGAGCCACAGGGAAACAGGGUGGUUCCGUUGUGAGAUCUGUUCUCUCCGAUCCCAGGUCUGCCUCUAUGUUCUCGGUCCGCGCAAUCACUAGAGAUCCAUCGAAGCCAAGCGCUCAAGCUCUCACUAAAUUGGGCGCCGAGUGUGUUCCGGCCGAUGUCAAUGACAAGGACUCUCUCCGUGCUGCGAUGACGGGCGCAUACGCCGUCUUCGCAGUCACGAACUUCUGGGAGAAGCUCAACGCCGAGCUGGAAGUCCAACAGGGCAAGGACAUUGCCGACGUUGCGAAGGAGCUUGGCGUGCAACAUCUGGUCUGGAGCAGUUUGUUGAACGUCACGAAACUCUCUGGCGGCAAGCUCUCCAAAGUUGCCCACUUCGACUCCAAAGCCGACGUCGAAGAGUACAUCCGCAAGAUCGGCAUCCCAGCCACCUUCUUCCUGCCCGGCUUCUACAUGGCCAACAUCCCUGGCCAGAGCCUGAACAACAUGCAAGGCGCCUACAACUUCGCUCUGCCUAUCCCCACCAACUCUCCAAUCCCGCUCUUCGACACCGAAGCCGACACCGGCAAGUUCGUCAAGGCCAUCCUGCUCAACCGCGAAAAGGUCCUGGGUGCGCGCAUCUACGGCGCCACGGACUACUACACCCCUGAGGAGAUCAUUGCGGACUUCCAGGCUGUGAAGCCGGAGGCUGGGAAGGGCGGAGCGGCAAGGCAGGUUCCCGAGGAAAUGUUCAAGAAGAUCUUAGCGGGCAAGGGCAUGCCUGAGCCUAUCCAGGAUGAGGUGCUCGAGAAUAUGCUCGUGAUGCCGCAGUUUGGGUACUAUGGGGGCGCAGACUUGAAGGAGAGCCAGUCAAUCUUGACCGAGCCCCCCACCACUUGGAAGGAGUUUGUCGCUAAGACUCCGGUCUGGGCUGACUUGAAGUAA